GCCAUCAUUAUAAUUGUCACCAACACUAUAAUACAGAAUUCCACUAUAAAUGUACCAAACGUAUUGCUAAAUAAACUCAGAAAUAAUUUAAAAUUUGGCCACAAGGAAAAUGAAUUGGAUUCAUAAAAAUUAUUUUUUAGCCAAUAAAAUUCGACAUUUAUCUAAUAAAUCAGUUUAAUGGUACCAACUCUAAAGUUUAAAAUUUGUUUUGAUUGUGUAUGGCUGCAGUAUUAACUAUUGUUGUGACAAGCAAAUUUAUUUUUCUAAAAUAAAUUUGAAUUAGCAUGUUACCAUCAAAUGAAAACAUAGAAGUUUGUCUUUAGGAGUGGGAGGUUAUUGAUUUCACGACCUGUUGAACAGUGUGUAAAAACUGAAGAGAUAACUGAUGAUUCAAAGGUAUCGUAGAGCUGCAGAACUUGAGGAACAAUCUGUUAGUUUGUUGGGAACCCCUAAUAUGGAAGCAAGAACUGAACAUCAAAAAGUUAAACAUUACCAACUUUUAUACACCCUAACUACUAGCAUUGGUAUUGGAACCAUUAUUUUGGUGCUUUUUUGGAUACUGUAUUAUCAAAAUGGAUUUGCCUGGCAAUCUUUACCCCGUGUACAAUUCAAUUGGCAUCCUUUAUUGAUGAUUAUAGGGAUGGUCUUUUUCUAUAGUCAAGCAAUGCUAAUUUACAGGACAGGAAGAAACUAUCAAAAAAACACUCUCAAAUUGGUACACAUGUCACUAAAUCUUCUGGCAUUCAUUUUAGCUGUAAUAGCAUUGAAAGCUGUAUUUGAUUCGCACAAUUUAACUGGUACUGCAAAUAUGUACACUCUACAUUCAUGGAUUGGACUGACAACUGUUAUAGUUUUCGCUUUACAAUUUUUAGCGGGUUUUGUUACUUUCCUGUACCCAGGAUUAUCUCCAUCUAUACGAAAAGCCCUUCUACCUACUCACGUAGCCUUUGGAUCUGGAUGUUUUGCAGGAGCCAUUAUUGCAUCUGCUAGUGGUUUUUUGGAAAAAGCCAUUUUUCAGAAAAUCUAUGACCAAAACGUAACAGAAGGGAUAGUUGUCAAUAUUCUUGGUCUCAGUAUUGCAUUUUUUGGUGUUUUAGUUUUACAUUUGGUACACAAUGUGGAUUAUAAAAGAGUUCCUCUUGCCGAUGACCAAAUUGUACUUGAAAGAUCUGAUAACUAAAUUUGUGAACAGAGUACUAUCAAUUGAUGUACAUGUUCUACAAAAAUUAAUCGUCUCAAAUAUAAAUAUCAUUCUGCUUAAAUUAAAUGAUCGGUACUUAUCAUUGAAGUAUCAAAAAAUUAAAUGUGCACAAAAUAAAAAA